AUGCAGCUCUUUUUCUCUCUUGCAGCGUGUGCUUUGGCUCUUGCUAAGCCCCUUACGGCUCAGCUUCUAGGCACCCGGGAUACAUUGGUGUCUUCACAAGUCCAGCAAGAACUAGGCUCGCUACUAUCUAACAACACCACCAUCAUCGUACCAAGUGAUUCCGACUGGGCUAAUGUAACGGAGAGGUACAAUACUAUUGUCCAUCCUCACGUUAAGCUGGUGAUUCAGCCCGGAGAAGAAUCUGACGUACCAAAAAUUGUCCAAUAUGCCAACAAACAUGAAAUCGAAUUCUACGCGGUCAAUCGCGGCCACGCUUUAACUACUAGCGUUGGGAAGUUCAAUGGAAUCGAGAUUGACCUAAGGAAUCUGAGAGAUAUUCACAUCAACUCGGACACGAUGAGCGCGAGAUUCCAAGGUGGAGUAUAUGGCCAAGAGGUGCUUGAAGCAAUGGCAGCUGCGGGCUAUGUCACAGCUACCGGAACCUGCAGUUGCGUCAGUACUCUCGGUCCUGCUCUCGGAGGGGGACAUGGAAACCAGCAAGGUGUGCACGGCCUGACCAGUGACGGCAUUCUCAACAUGAACGUUGUGUUGGCCAAUGGUACAGCUAUCACCGUCAGUAACUCUAGCAGUUCUGAUCUAUGGUGGGCUAUGCGAGGCGCCGGACAUAACUUUGGCAUUGUCACCAGUUUCGAGGCGAAGAUUUACCCGGACAACAAAACAUAUUAUUAUAGGACCUACGAGUUUACAGGGGACAAGCUGGAACCAUUGUUUGAAGAGCUCAACAAAAUGUACGGCAAUGGUAGCCUGUCCACCAAGUGGUUUGGAACCUUUGGUUCCUAUAUCAUGGACACGGCCGUGAGCAAGACUGAGGCUACCAUAGCUUGGGUAUUCGUUUACGAUGGCCCCCAAGCAGAGGCUGAACCAUUGUUCAAACCAUUCGAUUCACUCGGCGCAGCAUCAUUAACAGGCGGAAAUAUUCCUUAUAUAGAGAUUAACGAUGUUCUGGGUGGCGGGCUAAACUCUACGUUGUGUACUCCGAAUCAGACUCACGUCGUAGGAACGGCCGGCCUUCAGGUCUACAAUAUUACUACGGAGCGCCAGAUCUACGAUUUAUACAAUAGAAAGGUCGCAGAGCACCCCGAACUCGGAAGCACCAGGGUGGUCCACGAAGGCUACGCCGUAGAAGGCGUUCGGAAAAUCCCGGCGGAAGAUUCGGCUUACCCUCUCCGCGAUGACUAUCUAUUAAUGUACUUCGACACUACGCUAGCGCCGGAUUCUGCCUUCGAAGACUUUGCGAAAGCGUGGGCACGGGAUACCGUGAAUCUGUGGAAUGCCGGCCAACCCGAACGAAAACCGACGGCGUAUGUGAACUAUGCGGCCGGCUAUGAGUCUCUUCAGGCUAUGUAUGGCUACGAACCAUGGAGGUUGGAGAGGCUGCGCAACCUCAAAGCCAAGUACGAUCCAAACAACCGGUUCGCUUAUUACAAUCCUAUUAUCCCGUUGACCAAGAAUCCCUGA